AAUUCUGUAAUGGAUUUCACCUGACAAUUCUCUCAUGGCUGUGGUUCUCUCUGUUGCAUCUUUCCUGCCACACUUCUUCCUUCCACUCAACUUUCUGUUAAGAUGCUUGAAUACAGAGCCCUGUGAUUGUUUCUUCUCACGAGAGAAAGCUGAAGUCACAUCCCUGAUUUGUGCUCACGAACUUGGCCAGUGAAGUUGAGGGUGGAUUUGAGAGUUAGGUGUCAACCUCAGCUUUAUCCAGAAGAGGGCGAUAAAGACAAGCUCCAGAAGCCAGCAGCGUGAAGCGUCAAAGAAGAAGGGGUCCCCUCUCUCCCUCGCAGCGUUGUUAUUAACCUCCACCCGGGGUCAUCCAGGUUGUUUUGUGUCAGCGCGCACCUUGAUGAAAAUGUCUCCGCUGCUGCUCAGGGCCUUCGUGAACGAGCGGCUCGCGGCCGCGGUCGCAGAGAUCCUGGAGGUUUUCGAAGGAGCGAUCGCCAAAUACGAAGAAGAAGCGUCCCACUCCAAGCAGGAGAUCGAUCGGCUGCGAGGUCUGCUGCUGGAGCUGCAGAGCCAGCGGACAGACAUCUGUCAGCCGUCCGCCUGUGAAGACAACGCUUCCUGUGAGCAGGAGUCCGGCCUCCAGCAGGCAGCUCGGUGGAAUCCAGAGCUUCAGCGCAUUAAAGAGGAGGAUCAUGAGCUCUGGGCGGCUGACCGGCAGGAGCAAGGACGGGCAGCAACGAAUGCGGAUGUUUUAAAUCUCCCCCGCUCCUCUGUCGGGGAGGAGCGUGAGCGGGAGGAUGCAAAACCACCGGGGCUACGUUGGACUCGCAGCUCCGAGCCAGAUGAGUUUCAGGAGGUCCGUGAAGCGAAACCAGCAGAGGUCAAAGCGCCUCUUCACUCGAUUGCGUCGUUACAGGACGAAGCUGCUGCCAUUUCUACACCGGACCGUACAGAGCAGGGUCAGUCUAGUGCCCUCCUCUCCAGAGAGCCCACAGACUCGUCUCACCUGAACUCACCUGGAGCCGACUACCAGUGCUCCCUGUGUGCCGAGGCCUUCCCCUCCAGCCGCCUCCUGAUGAGCCACGCCUUCCAGACCCACUCCAGGGACGUCGGGGUCCUGUGCACCGUGUGCGGAGGGACCUUCGAGUCCGCCGAGAGCCUCGACGCGCACCUCAGGUCCCACGACGGCUCGAAGUGCUGCCCCAUGUGCGGGAAGCUCUUCAAAAGCACGACCUCGCUGAAGGAGCACAUGGCCGGCCACGCCGGGCUGAAGCUGCACCGCUGCCACGUCUGCGGCAAGGAGUGCCGGCGCAAGGGAGACCUGAAGAUCCACAUGAGGAUCCACACGGGCGAGAAGCCCUUCUGCUGCUCGCUGUGCUGCAAGAGCUUCACCCACAGCGGGCACCUGAAGAAGCACAUCAGGAGCCACACGGGGGAGCGGCCGUACCGGUGCGACGUCUGCGGGAGGGGCUUCCUGCAGAGCGCGCACCUCAAAUCCCACCUGGGUACCCACGCUCAGAAAAAGUGAGCGGCUCGUAUUUCAUCGAGAAGAUUCCUUCAAAGAAGCGACUUGGUGACACUUUUUAAAGAUGACACUCAUAAAGAUGAGAUAUACAGGACUGUCUCAGAAAAUUAGAAUAUUGU